AUGGAGACACAAAAAGCCCACAUUUCUGCCGCCGCACCGGCGCCGCCAGCCCCGGUAGGUGAUUACGAAGACUUUCAGCCACUCUCCACAUGGCAAACCACCGAAUCCCACCACAUUCUUCGCCUCCAUCUUCAUGGUUUCAGAAAGGAGCAGAUGAGAGUCCGAUUAGAUAGCCGUGGAAUCCUGUCAAUAACCGGAGAGCGCCCUGCUGCCGAGGAGGAGGCCAAUGAACGUUCACAUUCUGGCCGGAGGCGGCAUCGUCGGUUCCGCAAGGAAAUCAAGGUGGCUUGCCGGUCGCCGGACAAGAUUCGUGCUAAGUUUUCAGCCGGAGUUCUGACGGUGGCGCUGCCUUUGGAAGCCAAUCCUCGCGAGCACAACGAGGAUAGCAUUUCUACGAGGAUUAGCAUCAACCUUGAAAGUGCGCCGUUGUAUUGUGCAGCGGCGGCGAUGUCCGGUUACUUGUGGCGGCUGAGGAAGUGGUUCGAGAAUUUGCCGAGAGUGGGGAAGGUGUGCUUGGUUCUGCUUGGCGUGGCGCUGAUGAUGGGUCUUGUUGCCGCGCUGAGCGUCUCAUUUUGGAUUAGUAGUCGUCAUGUCACCCACUAA